AUGGCCUCCACCGUAGCCUCCUCAUCGAGGAGCGCGCGCGUACCGGAUCUCGACGUAUCAGCGCUUUCGCCUACCGAGUAUGCCAUCCUGCCUGGCUACGUCGUGGGCUUGCAGGCUGCCAGAAGUGGUAAGGAGGGACACAUCGAAGAGUCCGAUCUUUUGCGGUUUCUUAGAGAUGAAUGUAACAUUGGUGUCGACCAAGAAGUGCAAGUAAGUCUUAAGGCUUUGUAUGCUCUGCUACAGAGCUCACAAGUACACGGCAGCUAAUCCGUACACCUCCCCGCUGCUUAGAUAUUCUCCCUGCUCGAGCGCUACCCGUACGGCUUGCCUACUGGCGUCGUGUAUGCAGUUUUGCGACUCGCUUCGCACGCUCAACGAGGUGAUCCAGUCAGUCCAGAAGCCGUCUUCACGCAGACUGUGCCGGUGCGAGUAGGCGCGGGCUCGAUUCAGCCCCCUCCCCAGCACAUAGCAAGCUCAAAUGCCAAGGCUAGCGUCAACAGCAAUCAGAGCAGCGCUAGCAGUAGUAGCCCGACGAAAUCCCGCGCGCCGCCAGAGGUUCCGUCUAAACCCUCGAGAUCCAUCACCCUCGCACCUGCUCCGGUUGCGACUGCAACAGUGACUCCCGUGCCUGGCAAUAGUCUUCAAGCACCUCUGACACCCACACCCACCAAACUUUCAGCAAUGCAAGAGGCCGCAAACAAGUCUCACGCUGCCCCCAAGGCAAACGAAGUAGAACAUGGUCGAUCGCCUGCAAAUCCAUUCAGACCCACCCCUGUCCUGUGGAAUGCUUCCGCGCUGCCAGAAUCUAAGGUGGUAGCUCCUAUUGCUGUUUCCGCUUCAGAAGCUGGCGUCCACGCUUUCAAGGAGUCGCAUGCGUCGGGCGGCAGCACUGCGCCGGUCGCCGUCAAGCCGAAGCCGGUCAAGCCGGUGCCCGUCUCAGCAGAUGCCAGCACAUCUGUCACGGCAGGGCAAGUGCCAUCGCGCUCGAGCACAGCCGCGUCAGGCCGGCGUGAGAGAGACAGAGAGAGCUCUCGGUCGCCGGUGAUCGGUCGAGGCGGUCGGGAGGGAAGCUUGCAUGGCAGUGUGGCGGAUAGCGAGGAGACUUCAGUGGCGCCCGGUCAAAGGCUAGCAAAUCUUGGCUCUCCACCCCUUCCACCCCGACCUCUCGCUACCGAUCGAGCUGCUCCGCCUCUACCACCCCGCGGUGCAAAUCCUCUUAUUCAAGCUGGUCUCGCUGCGUCGAGAGAAGUGCGCGCAAAGAAGGACGCACUGCCGCCAAAGACGUACAGCGUAAUUCAGAGUAGCGCACCGGUGAAAAGGGUCGAACCGCGCCUGCUGGACGGCAAGCUCCCCCCACCUGGGGCCCCCAUUCCCGUCACGCCAGCUCCUCCUCCACCCCGACGGCGACCUACAGCUUCGGCCGGCUACGACCCUCGCCGGAGCAUCAGCGAGAUACCUUCUGGUCUGUUACGACCUGCUAGCAGCGUGGAUGGCAAGGAACCCGCGGGACCCCAGCAUGCUGUACCCCAUGCAAGCGGAUCUACCCCGCUGAAAGCGCCUCGAGCAGUCAGCAGCGGGGUGGUGGUGCCAAGUGCACAGCGAGCACUGACGGUGCACAAGCCAAAGGCGUCUUACGGAAGCGUCGGAAAAUUGGAUGGCAAAGGGGGCUUACCCUCGUGGCUCCGAGAGCAGGAAGAGUUGCAAAGAUCGUCUUUGGGAGAUGUAGGACUUGAAGCUCCUCGCUCCGCCAGUCUGCCGCGGGUGCGAAAUUCGUCGAGCGGGCAUGCAUCGGUCGACGCCCCGCCUAGCGUGUCUUCCUCGCGUAUCGAAUUCUUGGACCAAGAGUCUGAAGAGGAGGACGAUGACGAUACUCGAAGUGGACAGGCUAGCGUGGCCGCUUCCAUCGAUCGCAACAACCCCUUCUUCAUGCGCUCAUCCCGAGAUGCGGAUGCUCAUCUGCCCGUGACGAUCGGAGAGCCGCUCACAAAACUGGCUGUGGAGCGAGCAGCUGCUGCGGCCGCCAUAUUGGAUGGCACUGCACCAGUCGGCACGCAAUGGAAUCGACCCGUGUCUGACGGAUCAACCAGUGUGGCCGCUUUGGGCGAAGGGGGUCGUCCUCUUGGCCGAAGCAAGACGCUGCAAUCGCGCGCCGCUCUCAAUGGCAUGAUCCCUGCCCCACCACGCCGCAAGCUGGAGGAAGGUCCAGCGGCGUUUGACGCUGGCACCUACCGCGGCUUUGGCAAGCAGUCUCGGCUCGAUACACCACAGAGUGGUGGUCUUCGCCUCAACCCUACUACGAAGAAAGCGGAUGUGGGCAUUCCACCUCACGUGAUCUUGGAAAGGGAGAGGGAGAAGGCGAGUAGAGAGCGUGGCGCUUUGCAUCAAAACCCUCCGCCCGCUCCUCCCCCACCUGUCAGACGCCCGAGCGCGGUGGACAGUAUCACGAGCAGUAGCGGAGGUGUCACACCACUGUCCCCUCGUGAUGGAGAGCCUCCCACGGGUACCUCAAGCGGAAAAGGAAUUCGCGAUAGAGUGUCGGGAUUUCUUGGCCUGAACGAGGGUCCUGCGAAAGGGUCCAGACCUAUCGAUCAUCUGAAGAAUGACAUGGUCGGCGUGGCUGAGCAGCACAGCUGGGUAGCUCGAGCAGCGGAAAAAGCCAAGGGUCGGCCUAUGCACGAAGGGACCGUAGGCUUGUUGGAAGGAGGCGACGACGUUGCAGUGCUGGACGAGGAUGCGCCGGAUGUCGACGACGGAUAUGAACAGAAAGCGUUGGACAGACCAACGCCAUUGUAUCCGUCUGGUCAAGCAUCCGCAUCUUCGACGCCACAGCGCUCCAACUCCCUUCGGGCAGCGCCGGUGCCACCCAGACCUUCUGAGCUCCGGAGAUCUAGCUCUUCGGCUCGGAGGAGCAUCGCGAUGAUGGAAGGACCUUUUUCGGACUUGUCGAGAGAAGACAGAGUGGAAAACGCUAGACCUGAAAAGGCUUCCUUGCAACAUGUCAAAAACUCAUCGGGAUCCUCGGGCUACGAAUUGCCGGAGCCGGACGCGGAUGGCGUAAAGCAUGGGUAUGCACAGCUUUCCUGA